AUGGCGACAUGUUGUUCGCCCCAAAAAUACAACGAAUGGUCUUUGAUCCGUCCAGUCGUUGACAUUUGUGAUCGCCAGCCAACAAUUACCGGCCUAUGUCUGACAUCUACCCUGGGUAUUUACUACGAUGCUGAGACGCAACAUUGUCGUUAUGUCGGCUGUAGUCCAGAUAAAAAAUUAUUUGCCUCGCUGGAUGAUUGUGAAAAGAUUUGCAAUAGCAAGAGAAGAAGAAAUCGUCGAAAUCCUACCAACAACCUGGUGAAGGCUGACACUAAAGCAUUGGUCAAUACUCCGGCUGCCAAAGAAAAAGAUCCGAAAUGUUUGCUACCCAUGGAACCGGGUCCAUGCCGUAUGCGUUUGGAACGUUAUUAUUACAAUGCCGAAACUGAUUCCUGUGAAACAUUUAUUUUCGGAGGCUGUCGUGGAAAUGCCAACGCGUUCGGCUUCAAAGAAACCUGUGAAGCGGCUUGUAAAUCCCCAUUGGUUUCCAAGAAAAUGAAACCAUCCACAUUGAAAUCCCUUACAACUUCCACCGUUCCCAUUACGGAGAAGCCAACAGUGGCCACAACUGCGUCGUCAACGAAAGUGGUUACUACAGCCAAAGCACAGGUUGCCAUUAAGAAGUAA